AGGCCACACUGGAAAGUCUCCAGUGCUACACAUCCUUGGACGCCGUGUGUUUCAACUGCCCUCUAUCGCCGAACACUGGCAACAAACCGGUUAAGGCUGUCUGCUGCUGGUGACCUGCUGACCUCGGAAUAUCUUUGUCCUUCCUCAAAUCAGCGUUAAACACAAUUUAAUCCAACUAUGGCAACGAGAAUCAGUUAUCUGUCGCGUCUAUGUCGCAGGGCAGCGGUUGCGAGGGAGCAUCUGCACGAGAUUGGUGUGCAGGAUUGGAACAGGGUCCUCCUCAUCGGUUGUGUCAGAAUGGCGUCGUCAUCCUCGCACAGAGUCGAGAGAGAUACAUUUGGGGAGCUUAAAGUACCUGCUGAUAAAUACUAUGGAGCACAGACUUUGCGUUCUGUCAUGAACUUUCCAAUUGGAGGUGAAACGGAGAGAAUGCCAAAACCUGUGAUUGUCGCUAUGGGGAUUUUGAAGAAGGCAGCAGCCAUUGUUAAUAAAGAGUACGGCCUGGACCCAAAGAUUGCAGAUGCGAUUGCGAAGGCGGCAGACGAAGUGAUCAGUGGGGAGUUGUAUGACCAACACUUCCCCCUUGUUAUAUGGCAAACAGGGUCUGGCACACAAAGUAACAUGAACACAAAUGAGGUGAUCAGCAACAGAGCCAUAGAGCUAUUAGGAGGUGUUCUUGGGUCGAAGAACCCUGUUCACCCAAAUGAUCACGUAAACAAGAGUCAGAGCUCCAACGAUACAUUCCCUACAGCAAUGCACAUUGCUGUCGCAACUGAAAUAAACAAGUCACUCAUUCCUGCCCUUGAGGUCCUGCACAAGGCUUUGGAUAACAAGGCAAAGGAGUUUGAGGACAUAAUAAAGAUAGGACGCACUCACCUGAUGGACGCUGUGCCUCUGACACUGGGACAGGAGUUCAGUGGAUACGUGACACAGUUGGCCAACUCGAUAGAUCGCGUCAAGGCGACACUGCCGAGGCUGUACCAGCUGGCUCUGGGAGGCACGGCAGUCGGAACUGGACUCAACACACGCAUCGGUUUUGCUGAGAAAUGUGCAGCGAAGAUCAGUGAGCUGACAUGUCUUCCAUUUGUGACAGCACCGAACAAGUUCGAAGCCUUGGCUGCGCAUGAUGCCUUGGUGGAGGUCUCGGGUGCUCUGAAUGUGGUUGCCUGUAGCAUUAUGAAGAUUGCAAACGACAUCAGGUUUCUGGCGUCAGGUCCGCGCUGCGGUCUUGGUGAAAUCAGCUUGCCAGAGAAUGAGCCUGGCAGCAGUAUUAUGCCGGGAAAGGUCAACCCCACUCAGUGUGAGGCAAUCACGAUGGUUGCAGCUCAGGUGAUGGGUAACCAUGUAGCAGUGACUGUGGGUGGCUCAAACGGCCACUUUGAGCUGAACGUAUUCAAGCCAAUGAUGGUUGCCAAUGUCCUGCGCUCCAUUCGGCUGCUGGCUGACUCUUCUUGUGCAUUUACAAACAACUGUGUUGUUGGCAUCAAAGCGAAUAAAGAAAGGAUUGCCAAACUGAUGAAUGAAUCUCUUAUGCUGGUCACCGCUCUCAAUCCUCAUAUUGGCUAUGAUAAGGCUGCCUUGAUAGCAAAGACUGCCCACAAAGAAGGCACAACCCUGAAGGAAGCUGCCUUGAAGCUGGGAUACCUCACAGAGGCAGACUUCGAGAGCUGGGUGAGGCCGCAAGACAUGUUGGGCCCGAAGUAAAAGGACCAUAAUAGCUGCAGCAUUAACCUGGUGCAAUUCCAUGUUGUGGGGAUACAAUUUAGCCUCAUGUAUUCAAGAACACAUUUUCUGAUAAUGUUGGAGAAACAUGAGCAUCAUCAGUUCAUAGGGACUUCUGCGACCGUAUCCAAAUGAAAAGCCACUCUGUUGUCCACUCAGUUUGUGCUAAAGCCUGUUACUUAAGGCAGUGAGGAGCAGGACAUUGUAUUCUGACCACAGAGUCACUUGCCACGAGCUGUCACCAUAUAUUAUUUUUCAAGUGUUUUCCUUGUGUUUGUCACUCAUUUUUAAUUAAAAAUUUGUAACUAAUUUUUAAUUAAAAAACAACUGUAGCUAAAGAUCUGUAUUGUUGUUGUGAUUGUGUAUGUUGGUUCUAUUGUACAGAGAUUUUUAAUAAAUGUGUUGUCUUUAAU